UAAUUGUUUGUUUGGAGCGCGAUAUAAUUUCUGUUUGUGGGGUAAAACCUUAGCUGAAGAAUGGCCAUUCGCUCUGCUGCACUGCUGGGCUUGAUAGCCCUGAGCGCCAUAUUAAUGGGCCAGGUUACUGAAGGGGUGGAUUUUGAAUUCUCUAAUAACGCCCAGGGAACCACCGGCGGCAACAGAUUCGAUCAGGAGAUCGGCCGGAGCGGAGCCCUUGAAAUUAUGGACUCCUCCACUAAAUUCAUUUGGGACACCUUCCACCAGCAAUCGCCGGCCGAUAGAAGGAAUACACAGAAAGUUAGUUUGGUCGUGGAAAGUAUGGAUGGCACUGCGUAUUCAAGUGCAGAUAUAAUUCACCUCAGCGCAGAUUAUGUGGGCAAUUUCCAGGGGGACGUGAAGGCAGAAAUUAGAGGACUUUUGUACCACGAAAUGACACACUCCUUGCAGUGGGACGGCCAAGGCAAAGCCCCACGUGGCCUUAUUGAUGGUAUUGCAGACUAUGUGCGCCUCACUGCUGGUUUGGUUGCUCCUUACUGGGUUAAGCCAGGCAGUGGCGACAGAUGGGACCAGAGUUAUGAUGUUACUGCAUAUUUCUUGCAAUAUUGUGACAGUGUUAGCUCUGGUUUUGUUGCCAACAUAAAUACUAAAAUGGCUUCCGGAUGAGACUUGGGCUUCUUUAAUGACCUCACCGGCAAAUCUGUUGAUCAGCUUUGGAGUGACUACAAGGCCAAGUAUGCUUCUUCCGCCUAAAGAGCAAUUUUCUCUUCCUUUAUGAUCUACCCACUAUAGUAAAUGAGUAAAAUAAGUGAACUUCAAAUGGGAAUUGUUAUUAGUUCAUUCCCUACCCUGCCCAAAUAAGUCUCGUAGGGUUCCAUCUCCCAAUAAAUUAAAUUUUAAGUUAGAUCUGGUUUUAAUUUACAGAUAGUUAAUGUCCACAAUGCAAUUAUGAGCUUAUUAUGUUCAGAUGUGUGGAAUUAAAGGAA